GCCACGACCAACAAAAGAAAUACAAAAAGACAAGAUUACAAAAAAAUGCACGAAGGAAUCGAUCUAGACGUUGAAGGGUUCGAUAAAAGUCUAAAGCAGGAACCAGUUAUAACAACGAACACCUCUGGCGGGGCCUCCUUAGAACCGGAAGAUACACAGAUGAGUCAUACUAAAGAAAGUCAUGAAAAUGGCGAUCUCGCUACGAGCAAGGAAGAAGACGAGGAAAUGCGUCUCAUAGAGCAGGCGAUCGAGGCAGCCGAGGCGGAAAAACAGUCGAUUUUGAAGACAAGAAAGAAAGUAGAGUUACGGGCGCAGUUGCGACGUAAACAAAUAGAAGUGAAGCAGCUGAAAGAGGAAGACUGUCACAAAAUCCGUAAAGUUCUCAUUGUUGGGGAUUCCAUAGUGAAGCAUUUACCACAUAUUGAGGGUGUUUCUAAUUUGUCUUUUAGGGGGGCAACUAUAGAGAUGAACCGUGUUGAAUUGUCGUGA